AUGCCUCCGAAACGGCCAGCGAGAAGGUCGGCGCCGCUACCAUCUCGGUCUCUCGGUGCGUCGGAAGUCAGUCGAAACAGUCACAAAGGCCAAGGCCGUACAGUUGUAGACGAGGCUGAGGAUGGUGAUUUGUAUGGAGCUGGAGACGUGGACCUGGACGUGAAUACGGAUGUAGAUGGUGACUCGGUGACAGGUGGAAGUCCAAGUGCGAGUGCGAGUGCAAGCGGAGGUGACAUGAGGGAGAUGGAGGAGAGCAUUAAGAGGAGUAUGGCAGUAGAUGCCGGACUACGCAAAGCGCAGAAGCAGCAGCAUCUCGAAGCGCGGUUUGAAGAACAAACACAGGCACUUGAGGAUCGCAUUGAUCAGCGAGUCGAGGAGUAUCGACGAGAGCGUAUGCGUAUUCAAGACGCCCAGCUAGCACGUCUGCUUGACCUGUCGCGGAAAAAAGCCGAUAUUGAGAGCAACAUCAUCAAGGAAGCUGUAGAACUCGCGGACGCGUAUGAUGCGAUGAAAGCCGAGUUGGAGGCAGUCUUGCAGGGUCGCUUAGGCGAUGUGAAAGAGGCCCUCGGUGCUCUCAACGCGCUGGAGGAAAAAGCAACUCGGGAACUGAUGGACGUCAAAGCACAAUGA